AGAGAUCUGGGAACGAAAAUUUCAAAUACAAGAUGGAGAGCGUUCCAAAGGAGUUGAGAAAUCUUCGAGCAUGUCUCCUGUGUUCUUUAGUAAAGACCUUAGAGCAGUUUGAAUACGAUGGCUGUGACAAUUGUGAAAAAUAUCUCAGACUAAAGAACAACAAAGAAAAUAUCCUUACUUGUACAAGUGCAAACUUUGAUGGAAUUAUAUCCCUUAUGACACCAGAAGACAGCUGGGUGGCAAGAUGGCAACGAAUUGAUACAUUAGUAAGAGGGUGCUAUGCAAUAUCCGUGAGUGGUAAACUGCCAGGUCAUGUAGUACGGGAACUCAAGGCUAGAGGUGUUACUUACAAAACUAGGGACAGAACCAACCAGUAAAGAGCCUGAUCAGAGUUGGAUAUGGCUGGUAAACUCUACUAGAUGUGUCUUUGUGAAAGUGUAAUCAACAGUUGUGGGAUGGAUAACUGGUACAGACACAAAUUUGAAGAUACUUCUUGUUUACUGCAAAGCUGUAUAGACAUUUUCACAGUUAUCUGACACUGUGCAGUACAAAGUAUUUUCCUCUUUUAUUUCAUGGUCAUAAUGAGGGUAUUAAUAUUGUAAGUAGCAAUAGGAGUAAAAAUGCACAUCAUUGGUCAGACAACAUCUCAUAUGUAUUGAACAUGACAUUGCUGUAGUUCAUGUUUUGAUUAGUGGCAACUUGUCAGCCUGUUGUAAAGAGUAUUCAUUAUUUUUUAAGAAAUUCAGUUAAUAAAACUUAUUUGACCUGAA